CCUUCACGUGACCUUGGCUUGGCGUCACACCCGGAAGUAGCCCUGCAGCGGAGCAGGCAGCGAUGAGUGAGGAGCCGGGACAAGUGUCCGUAGUGCCCCCUCCCGGGGAGGUGGAAGCAGGCAGUGGAGUCCACAUCGUGGUGGAGUACUGCGAGCCCUGCGGCUUUGAGGCUACCUACCUGGAGUUGGCGAGCGCCGUGAAGGAGGAGUACCCGGGUAUCGAGAUUGAGUCGCGACACGGGGGGACAGGGGCCUUCGAGAUUGAGAUCAAUGGACACCUGGUGUUCUCCAAAUUGGAGAGCGGGGGUUUUCCUUAUGAGAAAGACCUCAUAGAAGCCAUCCGAAAAGCCAGCAAUGGCGAGCCCUUGGAAAAGAUCACCAACAGCCGGCCUCCCUGUGUCAUCCUGUGACUGCACAUGAUUCUUGGAAGCUUGGUUCUGGAGUUGAAACCUUUUGUUCCCUUGUGUUUCGGCUAGGAGCUCCCUCCACCUUUUGACCCUCACUUAGCUCUAGGUAGCUAAGACCCUGACCUCCACGUUGCCUCUUUGGGCACAAG